GUUUGCCCUAGACACGUGUUCCUUUUUCUAUUUCUGUAAUGUCUUCUCCUCUUGCUUCAUUUGAUUAUCGCUUGAUAGCUUGAUUAAUUCCUCAACUUCUCCCAAACAGAGAUGCUCUCCUAAAAAUAGAGACGAGAGAUAAGAGUGUUUUCGAGAAAUGGACGGUGGAGAAAGGUGGCGGAUGAUAAGAUGCGCCGGUGGCGUGCACGAUAAGAUGAUAAUCAACCAAAUAAUGCUCAGAUUCAGGCCGAUUGCACCAAAACCGGCCUCCGGAGGUCCAGAUUCCGGUGUCCCUUCCUUGAAUAAUAAGAGCUCGUUAGUUUCCAAGCGAAAAACCAGGAGAAAGUACGUUAGGGUUCGUAAAAAUAACAGAUUCAUCAAAAGAAACCAAAAGGUUUGUCCAUCGUCAUCAGAUCAUCAAGAGAAAGAAAAGCAAACGGAUGUUGUUACUCUGCAGUUGCUGCCGGAGAGAAGUAAUCAGCCGACGGAUCCACUUGAUUUAGAGAGAUCCUGGUGCAAUCCGGACAAUAAAUUAUUCAAGCAAUCAGAGAAUAAUCAGCCGUUGAAGUUAAAGUAUCCAGUGAUUGAUCAAAAUCCAACGACGGUGAUGACGGUUCCUGAAAAGAGAGUGGUAAUAGCGGAGUCAUGGGUGACGGUAGAGUGCGUGACAGACAUCAACCAAGCUUGCAUGGAUGGCGGAGGUUUGUUAGGGUGUACAGAUGUGGAGAGAGUGAAGAAUCUAGAAGAGGACACGCGUCCUGGAUUCAUAUCAGAUGGUUCAAAUAACGUGCGGUGGGUAAACGGGGCUUAUAAGAAGAUGAUGUCUGUGAUGAAAGAGAAGAAUGACAGACAGGAAAUAGUGGUGUGGUUGGUGAGAAAAGAAAAGCUGGUGCCAUAUAUGUAUAAAUCUGCAUUUACAUGCUGGGUGAGAUUGUCAAAUGACAAAGAGGAGAAAGACAGGUGCAGUUCAAAAAUGGUACCUUGUGAUGUUUGGCGAAUGGACUGUGGAGGGUUUGCAUGGAGAUUGGAUGUUGAAGCUGCGUUGAGUUUAGGCCUUUGAAAGCUCAAGCAUAUAAAACAAAGCCUCCAAGUUAAAGUAAUAAUAAGGUAAUGCACAUCCCAUUCUACUA